AUGCACAGGGCGACGUGUCUGUGUUACCAGCGAUUGAAAGACUUGGAUCCUCAUAGAACCCCCAUCCACAACAUUACGCAGAUCAUCGCAGGUGAAUCGAGAUCUCCCAACGUAUACCACAACGUCCACUCCACCCUUGUUGCAACCACACCAACGAGGUCCCAGCUCGUCUCCACCUGCAAAGACCCUUUUCUCAGUGAAUUCAAGAAAAGUCAAAUCUACCUCUGCAACAAAGUGCGUGGCAGGUUAGGUAACCAGAUGUUCGCAUAUGCAUCUGCGUACGGCGUUGCCAAACGCCACAACAGAACAGUUGUCAUAGAAACAUCUCGUCCCCUAAAUAGAAUAUUCAGCCUGAAAGCUGAGUUGAUUGAUGAUUUCUGCGUCUGUGAUGAUGUCAAGAACGUUCAGCCAAGAUGGGGCUGUCGGUUUGAUGCAAGCUUCUUCAAAAAAUCUUUCCCACAAAGAGUCAAUGUCCGUUUGAAUGGAUAUCUACAGUCUUGGAUGUACUUCCGGCACAUGGAGGACGAUAUCCGGAGGCAGUUCACCUUUACCGACUCCUAUAGGAAGGCCGCAAGGGAGAUAAUCGAAAAGACAAUAACUGCUGGUGGGCGGAAGGCAACGACUGUCAUAGCUGUCCACAUUCGAAGAGGUGACAUCACAGCAGAACCUCGAUAUGUCAGAUAUGGAUACAAAGUUCCAAAUGACAAAUAUUUCUUCAAAGCGUUUGCCUUUUUCCGUGAAAAGGUAUCGGAUCCUGUGUUUCUUCUUUUCUCCGACAAUUUCGAAUGGACGAAGCGGCACUUGACCGGAAAUGACGUAAUCUAUAUGGAAGGCCACAAUGCCACGACUGACAUGGCGUUGAUGAUAGAAUGCAAUCACACCAUCAUGUCGGUCGGGUCGUUUGGCUGGUGGGCCGCCUACUUGGCGGGAGGUACCACCAUAUAUUACCGACAUCCUGCCUGGGACGGAAGUGAACUCCGAAAGGAGUUCUCCAAGAACUACUCUGAUUAUUUUAUGCCUGAAUGGAUUGGGAUGGAGUAG